AUGGCAUCUUCAACACCAACUACGUCUCAGCCUACUUUUGCUUCAGGUGUCUAUAAGCUCAAGAACGUUGCGACCGGCACCCUCCUUGAUCUGUGGAACGGGGAAACCAACGAAGGCACAAUUAUCCAAGAGCCGGAGCUCAACACAUCACCCAUCGCAAAUGCCAAUGCGCAUAUUGAUAUUGACUUGCAGUGGCACGUCGAGUGGACCGGUACCGCCAACCAACUGACCCUGCGCAACUUCAAGAGCGGUACUUAUUUCGGGGCCGGUCCCAGUGGAGUUCAAAACGGCAGCGCGCCCUUGGGAUCUGCGACCGCCGUGCCUGUAGUUCUUGUGGUGGCCGACAAGGGAUAUGCUAUCGAGCCCGUGGCUGACCGUGGGGUUGUGCUUGACCUUCAGACCAACAGCUCCGCGAACAGAGUACCUGCGGUGUACCGGACCAACACUGCCACUGACACGCAAAAGUGGGUCUUUGUCAAGGCUGAUUGA